CGUGGGGAGAUGCAUCCACGUCACCGACGUGUCACUGUGAGUCGGUUGGUAAUCUGAGCUGAAGUAACAUAAUUCAGCUACGAAACAAAACCAACGGACCCAUCACCCUCUCUCCUUUUCUUUUUCACAGAGAAACAGAAAUAUGAAAGAGGGAGAGAAAGAGAUGCAACGAUAAAUCCAAACUCGCUUUUCGUUCGUUCUCGCAUUUUCCCUCGAAACCGCUUCUUCGCGCGAUUUUCCUUCUUAAAGCGUAAGGAAGAUCGUUACGUGACGUUACGUUCCGUGGAACGUGAAUUUCUAGUUCGCAAUUUGAUCGCGCGCGAUAGGGUUCUCGUCUUGAAUCUGAAGCUUCGCGGACAUGGCUAUGCUCCGCAAAUUGUUCUUUCGCAAGCCACCUGAUGGCCUUCUCGAGAUCUGCGAGCGAGUUUACGUUUUUGAUUGCUGCUUCACGACGGAUGCUUGGGAUGAAGGGAAUUACAAAUUGUACAUGGAUGGGAUAGUAGGUCAACUUAGAGAGAACUUACCUGAUGCUUCAAUUCUGGUUUUUAAUUUCCGCGAGGAAAAUACCAAGAGUCAAAUGGCACAUAUAAUGUCUGAGUAUGAUAUUACUAUAAUGGACUAUCCUCGGCACUAUGAGGGUUGUCCUGUGCUCAAAAUGGAGCUCAUUCAUCACUUUUUGAGGUCUGGUGAAAGCUGGCUCUCGCUUGGGCAGCAUAAUGUGUUGUUGAUGCAUUGUGAACGUGGUGGUUGGCCUGUUUUGGCUUUCAUGUUGGCUGCAUUGUUGAUUUAUAGAAAGGUUUAUAGUGGGGAACAGAGGACUUUGGAUAUGGUUCACAGGCAGGCUCCGAGUGAGCUGUUGCAUUUGUUGGCGCCGUUGAAUCCGAUCCCUUCCCAACUGCGGUAUCUGCAGUAUGUUUCCAGGAGGAAUGUGGCCAUAGAUUGGCCUCCACUGGACAGGGCACUCAUGUUGGACUGCAUCAUUCUCAGAUUCUUUCCAAACUUUGAUGGGGAAGGUGGUUGUCAUCCCGUGUUUAGAAUUUAUGGACCGGAUCCUUUUAGUGCUGAUAAAAAUCCAAAAAAGUUGUAUUCAACUCCAAAGAGAAGCAAAAAUGUCCGGACUUAUAAGCAGGGAGAGUGUGAACUAAUUAAAAUUGACAUCAAUUGCCAUAUUCAAGGUGAUGUUGUGGUUGAGAGUAUUAACUUGAAUGGUGACAUAGAGCAUGAAAAGAUGAUGUUCCGAGUCAUGUUCAACACGGCUUUUGUUAGAUCUAAUAUUUUGAUGCUUAACCGGGACGAAAUUGACAUUUUAUGGGAUGCUAAAGAUCACUUUCCAAAAGAUUUUAGAGCUGAGAUCCUUUUCUCAGAGAUGGAUGCUGCUGCAGCAGUUAUGGCGGAAGGUACAUCGUGCUUUGAGGAGAAGGAGGGUCUGCCAAUGGAAGCAUUUGCUAAGGUUCAAGAGAUCUUUAGUCAUGUAGACUGGAUGAGCCCCAAGGCAGAUGCAGCACUAAAUGUUCUCCAGCAGAUAAGUGCUUCGGCUAUGAACGACAUGUUGGAUACAGUUUCUGAUCAGCAGAUGGAAACUGGUACUUUGCAUAAAACAGGUUCUAGAAUGCCUCAGGGGAAUAUGAAUGAAGCCAUGCAGUCUUUAUCCUCAACUAUGCAAUCCCUAGACAAUUAUAUGAGUAGAAAAGAGGAUAGGAACAACAAGGUUGAGGCUACUGCACAACAACCUAGUACGUCUGACUUCAUCUGUCAAGAGAUGUCCAGCUCUUCUGAAAGAACCUUGGAAUCCAGUAAAUGUCCAACUGAAUCUACAAAUCUUGGCAUAAAACUGCAGGCAUCUGAUCCUCUCUUAUCUCGUUCUGUUGAUUCUUCUCUUUCCCCUCAAACACCUCCUUUGCGGCCUCCCUCCACUAGGUGUGCUAAUAAAGUUCAUGAUUCUCCUCCUCACACAGAAUCACCACCUCACCUUUCGCCAUUGCAAUCAAGACACCAGUCACAAGAGAGAAGUCAUUCAUUUGUUUCUAGCCCUAUACCAGGGACCCAAUUGUCAUCUAGUUUUAGCAGUAAGUCACCAGCUGACAUCACUUCCCAUCCAUCAAUUUCAGCAACUACUUCAACUCAGCCAUCUCAUUCACUUUCUUCCAUAACACAUGCAAAUAAGAUUCUACCUAUUAGAACAAGACUACAGUCUUCACCUUCACAACCUCCACCACCUCCUACCCCUCCACUAAAGAAUCCCAAACUAGUUAGAGUUGGACCUCCUCCACCUCCACCACCUCCUCCAAAGAAGGAACUAAAUGUUAACGCUGGAUCCUUUACUCCUCCUUCAUCUCCCAUGAAUGAGGAGCCACAGGUUAGAGAUAGACACGCUCCUCCUGCUCCCCCUCCCCCUCCCCCACCCCCUCUUCUAAAAGAGGAGCAACCUGUUAGGUUUACGCCUCCACCACCUCCACCACCUCCUUGUCUUUCUGGAAAAGCUGCAGGUCCCACCAUAGUGCCAGCAGCAUCAGCACCACCACCACCAGCACCUCCACCACCACUUUCCUCAGGUCACUCUAGUUCUUCAUUGCUAAAGUCCACAUCUGCUCCUACAGCACCAGCUGCUCCACCUCCUCCAAUUCCCUUUGGUAAAGGAGGUCUCAAACCAGCCAAUGCUUUUCCAUUGUCUCUUUUUGGGGCUGGUGAUGGAAAUAACGUGUCAGGUACAACCGGACCUCAAUCUGGUUUAGCAACUGGCUCAAAGGGACGAAUUCUAUCACGUACAAUUAACUCUAAGAAUAACAGCAAAAAGUUGAAGCCAUUGCAUUGGUUGAAACUAUCUAGAGCUGUGCAAGGAAGUUUGUGGGCUGAGACACAGAAAUCUGGUGAAGCUUCCAAAGCCCCAGAGAUUGAUAUUUCAGAGCUUGAGAGUCUCUUCUCAGCAGCAGUCCCAAGUUCAGGUCCUGCCAAGAAGUUAAAUCUCCAAAGCUCGGUUGGGCCUAAAAAUGAUAAAGUGCAGCUGAUUGACCAUAGACGAGCAUAUAAUUGUGAAAUUAUGCUUUCAAAAGUGAAAGUGCCGUUGCAUGAUUUAAUGAGCUCAGUGCUAGCAUUGGAAGAGUCAGCACUAGACAUUGAUCAGGUUGAGAACCUCAUAAAGUUUUGUCCUACAAAAGAGGAGAUGGAAUUACUAAAGGGUUAUAAUGGGGAAAAGGAGAAGUUAGGGAGAUGUGAACAGUUCUUCACGGAGUUGAUGAAAGUACCACGAGUAGAAUCCAAGCUCAGAGUUUUUUCAUUCAAGAUUCAGUUCCACGCACAGGUUUCUGAACUUGGAAAUAGCUUGAAUGUCGUAAAUGCUGCUGCAGAAGAGAUCAGGAAUUCUGUCAAAUUAAAGAGAAUUAUGCAAACAAUACUUUCUUUAGGAAAUGCUUUGAACCAAGGAACUGCCAGAGGUUCUGCUAUUGGAUUCAGAUUGGAUAGCCUUCUUAAACUCACUGAGACGCGCGCAAGGAACAACAAGAUGACUCUCAUGCAUUAUCUUUGUAAGGUGCUAGUUGACAAGCUACCAGAAGUUUUAGACUUCUCCAAGGACCUUGGAAACCUAGAGCCAGCAGCAAAGAUCCAAUUGAAGUAUUUGGCCGAGGAGAUGCAAGCUAUAAACAAAGGAUUAGAGAAAGUGAUACAGGAACUAUCAACCUCGGAAAAUGAUGGACCUAUAUCAGAAACUUUCGGCAAAAAAUUGAAAGAGUUCCUCUGUUCUGCUGAAGCUGAAGUCCGUUCAUUGGCUUCACUAUAUUCUAGUGUGGGUAGGAAUGUGGAUGCGUUGAUUCUUUAUUUUGGUGAAGAUCCAUCCCGCUGCCCAUUUGAGCAAGUUGUAUCAACUCUACUCAACUUUACUAGAAUGUUUAACAAAGCCCAUGAAGAAAACUGCAAGCAGCACGAGCUUGAAAUGAAGAAAGCAGCAGAAAGUGAGAAAAAGAAGUGUGAAUCAGAAAGAAUAUUACCUACAGCUAUCCGGACUGGCAAUGUCAAAUAAGUGAUAAUUAGACCCUACUAGCUUGGAGAAUCAGUAUAUACUCUAGCAUGACUAGGAAUUUGACUGGACAAGAACGGGUCUGGUGUCUGGCGUUUUUGAGAAGCAUGUAUAGUGGCAUAAGUAGUAGUAGCUGACAUUGAGAACCCAAGCAAAUAACUCCGUUACACUGCAAAACUGGGAUGGUGGAGUUUGCACGAGUUGUGUUAUUUACCAGCCAACUUGUUUAUAUUUUCCACUUCCCUCUCCACUCCGAAACUGUAUGAUUGUAAGUAUUUCCAGGAAACCAGGGCAUUCGUUGUUAUUUUUUUAAAUAUUGCCCUUAGGCUUGGUUCUCUCCGCUAGCAACACUGAUUUCACAUCUUCAAUGCAAAGCUUGAUUCUUCUUGUAUAGCUUUUAUGAUUUUUUUUUUCCGGCUAUUUAAAUAUCUUAGGGGCUCCAAAAGCAAGGGAAAUAAAUUCUUCAAUAUCAUUGAAUGUGUACUACCCCAGCUGUAACAUUGCAAAUAUUGUUAAGGUUGGAAAUAGUGAUGACUCACAUAAUCAAGUUUGACAUAUAUUUAGUAGUACAAUACAAGAUUCUGAAACAUUCUAAUAGAAUUUCAGUUGAAGUGUUCCUUUGGUGUCGGUUACUACUUACUAGAGGAAAGAAAUUAUAUAUUAGUAACAUAUAA